CAUGUCUCCCGCCAAGUGCAAGUCGAAUUUAUGUAUUGCAUUUUCAAUUUAGAGGAAAUAAAUCUAAAAGAAUUUACUAUUGAUCUAAGAAAAUAGCACAUUGAAAGCCUGAAACGUGUAUACCAUUGCCUGAAAUUAAGAUUCAAUUGUAGAUGUAGGCUUAAUUAAUACAACACUAUCGCAGAUGCGUGAAAUAAGGUCACCGCAAGUUCUAACUACCUAAACUACGUUUCUAACUAACGCGCUUGCUCAGUCUUGUGGGCGUCAUGUAACUCAUGUUCAGUAUAAACUGUGUCUGUGUUGAAUCGUUUUUCUAGUAUAUUGAAACUCAUGAUGAAGAGUGUGGUACCUGAGAAAUCAGGCAACUCAGCUGAUAGUGGCUGCAGGUGGUUAAGAGAUCCUAAAUGCCCAUCAACAUUGCAGGGCUUUGCACUGAAUAACUUGACUGUUUGCUGUGGCCAGUUCAUGCUCAUUGAGUUGGGUGGCAAGAAUAACCUGGGUGUGGCUCAGCUCAUAUCCUGUUGGGAUUCAGGAACCAAAAAGGACAACUUCCGAGGACAAAUACAAUGGUAUUCUUACCUAGAGGACUUGCCUGACAAAUGGCUCAAGAACCUGCCUCCAGGCUCCGCUCCAUGCGAUGGCACCAAGGAAGUGGCACUGGAAGGAAGAAAUUUUGAUAAUGACAUUGACCUGGAGACAGUGAUCAGCUUAUGCUAUGUGACUGAGUGCUCCAUUAAAACUUGUCCCAAGUCGGUGGUGAGGCCACCAGAGUCCCGGGGCUUCCAUCACUACGUCUGCAGGUUUAUGGUGCAAGGCAAGAUGGAGGGAACCCCUGCUGGUCUUGUGCCCCUACCUCAGUUCAGGAAGGGAAGCUGCUCGUCUCUAAAGCUGUAUUCACCUGGAAAAGAGAACAUCCCUCCUGGUUCUGAGUUUGAUAAGAAACAACAAAAACGCAUUUCGUUCUAUGAUUCGGGAGUUGCCAAGAAGACGCGUUUGUCAAUUGCCGGUAGACGAUACUCGGCCAUUUGUCAUGAUUUGGCAGAUCGUCGGUUGUCAACAGACUCGCCUUCUCAUGGUCCUUCUCUGUCUGCCAAGAAAAAUCUUGCCAGCCAACUCAAUAUGGCGACCUCCUCUUCUACUGGUGAUGAUUCAUCUAUUAGUCCAAGCAAAGAGCUCGCCUUAAAUCUUGAAUGCCUUGCCGUUGAUGAAAAAAAGAAUGCUGUAGGUCAAACGUUUUUAAAUGAAAAAUCAAAUGGAAAAAUUUCAGUCAGUGAGAGAUCUGGUAAAUUCAAAAAUGCGGCAAAUGGAAAGGGUCUUUCACAAAGCUCGAGAGUGAGUGGGAAAUCUUUGUCCAACUCUCCUUCUAGAAACUAUCAGAGAGAGACCCGAAGCACUCCCAAGAAAUACAACACAAACAGAGAACUUAGUUCUGACGCGCCAUAUCAAAAUAAUCAAUCAACUGCAGAAAACGGCAAUGAUCCUCAUCAUAGUUCUGGCACUCCACUUCACAGAACUCCUAAACGUGGCUCACAAAGUAGCUCUUCUUGCGAAGAGACGCCUCCAAAGAGAGCCCUAAGAGGCACUUCAAAGACCAGGAGAGCUCUAACAGUGACUCCUCUCAAAGUCACUUCACAAAGAUGCCCUCCUUCUGAAGGCACUCUACGAGGCGCCACUCCACGUCGUGGUCGUCGAGGUGCCACUCCACGCCGUGGCACUCCCCGGAAUUUGGCACUGGGCCACAGGACCCCAAGUCUGCAGUGCAGCGAAUGCUCCCAGGGUUUUAGGACGAAGCAGUCGCUCGACGACCAUCUGCAGGACGAGCACGACAUCUACGAGGUCUCCUCCGACGACACUCCUUCACCGCUCAAGAGGGUCCGAAGCAGAGGACGACCGAAAAGGCAAGCAAAACUAGCAAAAGCUAACACAGACAACGAUGAGAGUGAAGAUGAUGAUAUACUGGGCGAUGUGCAAAGAGACAACAGUUUAACCGGGAAACGAACAAGAGGUUUUACCUGCCGCAACUGUGGAAGCGUUUUCCUUAAGAGAGAAAUGCUGGCUGAACACCAGGAGCUGUGCACCUUCAAUGCCACGCCCACGAGGGCUCGAAAGGCCAGAGCAGAUAUUUCUGAGUCAACAACUUCUUCGAAACACGGUGGCAUUGACUGUGCCAGCCUCCGGAAGUCAUUGAGCUCUCUGGACAUUGCCAAGGACCGUCUGCACGCCUCCGCGGUGCCUGAGUCGUUGCCGUGUCGGGAGAACGAGUGUCAACAGCUCUACGACUUCAUCCAAACCAAACUCUGUGAUGGCACUGGCGGCUGUAUGUAUAUAAGCGGCGUACCUGGCACGGGCAAGACGGCGACGGUGCGUGAGGUGGUCCGCCUGCUGCAGUCGAGCGCUGCGUCGGGCGACGUGCCGUCCUUCACGUACGUUGAGCUCAACGCCCUGAAGCUCACCGAGCCCCGGCAGGCGUGGGUGCAGUUGUGGAGGGCGCUCACGGGACAGACGCGCGUCACCCCUGACCACGCGGCCGCGCUGCUCGACCGUCGCUUCCGUCGCCCCGACCCCCGGGAGCCGCCGCUGCUGCUGCUCGUUGAUGAGCUCGAUCUCCUCUGGACGCGCAAACAGGACGUGCUGUACCGCCUGUUCGAGUGGCCAUCGCUGCCCGGCACUCGCCUCGUGCUGGUGACCAUCGCCAACACCAUGGACCUCCCGGAGCGCGUUUUGGUGGCCAGAGUGUCUUCCAGGCUGGGCCUCACCCGCACCACCUUCCACCCAUACACCCACCACCAGCUGCAGGAGAUCGUGCAGAGUCGCCUGGCGGGCAUCGCCUGCUUCGAGAGCGACGCCAUCCAGCUGGUCGCGCGUAAAGUGGCCGCCGUGUCGGGCGACGCUCGUCGGGCUCUCGACAUUUGCCGACGGGCGGCCGAGAUCGCCGAGACCCUCAUCGAUGUCUCCCAGGACACCAAGACACCCCCGGGGGUGGUGGGCUUCAAGCACGUCAAUCUUGCACUCGCCGAAAUGUUCACUUCGCCUAAAAUAAUGGCCAUUAGGGAAUGCAGUGCAGUGGAGCAGCAGUUGCUGGCAGCUGCAGUGGCAGAGAAUCAGCGCAGUGGGCUGGAGGAGACGUCACUGGAGCGGCUCUACUCCCAGUUCUUGUCUCUCUGCGCCUUUGAUGGUAAGCUGAAACAUGUGUCGUUUUCGAACGUGAUCCUUGCUGUGAACAAACUUUCAGCGCGACGCCUGUUCAUCACAGAGUCGCCCCGACGUCACCUCAGUCAGCGCAUCUCCCUCAACAUCUCCGUGCAGGACGUCAAGUUUGCCCUCGACUGCGUCAAAAGCGGCAAAAAUUAAUCAUGAUUACACUCAGAGGCGUUCGCCUGCAACCGUGUAUGGAACAAAUUGCAUCAUGAUUAAUGUCUUGAGGACGUUUGCCCUGAACUGCGUCACUAGCGACAAAAAUUAAUCAUAAUUACAUCCAGAGGCGAUUGCUCUCAACCGUGCAUAGAACGGCCUAAGUGCAUCAUGAUUAAUGUCUUGAGGACGUUUGCCCUGAACUGUGUCAAAAGCGACCAAAAUUCUUAAGGCAUUUAUUUACUCUCAACUGUAUUAAGAUCAACAGAAAUGUGUUCUAAUUAAAGUCAGAGGCAUUUGCAAUUAACUGUAUCAAGGGCCACAAAAAUGCAUUAUAAUGAGUCAGUUGGGUUAAUUAUUAAGUCAGUGGUUUGCCCUUAACAGUGUUAAAUGUGACAAAAAUGCAUUCUUAUUACAGUUAGAAUUUGUUAAGCUCUAGGUUAUCCGUAAACUUCGUCUAUAGUCUAUACAUUAGUUGUUGUUGACUGAAAACUGAUCUCGUGCCUUUUAGAGUCUCAACGAAACGUUUCCAUGAAUGUUAGAUGGUAUGUCAAAUCAAUUUCCAAGUUAAGGUUAAGAAUCUUUACUGAAACUCAUCCUUAAAUGUUUAGCUGUGGGAAAUGUAUUUCCCUAUCUAAAAAAAUCGUGAAUUUUCGAAAUUUGUUAUACCCGAUUACUCUGAUUUUUCUAUGAGAAAUUUAAGCAUAAAAUCUUAAUAAGCACUCGGCUCCGAAUUUUCAGGCUCCUGCAAUAUUUUUUGCAAAAGCGCCGACCGUGAUUACAAUUGAAGUUAUUCCCUAGAUGUCUUUCCAAACUGUCAUUGAUCCUACUCUCUAUCCUAGAUAUAUUCAGGAUUACUUGGAGUCUCUCAAGUAAAUUAAUGUAGGGCUGCCUUAGUUCUCUGUGUUAAGUUUUAUACGAAGACUUCCAUUCAUAUCAACAGCGAAUACAUUAUAGAGUUACUUAGCAUCUCUGUAUUGAUUUUUAGUUGAAAGCUUACUUACAUAUCAAUACCGAAUAUAUGUAUUUAUGGCUGUCUUUUAUCUGAAAGGUGAACAUUUUCUAGUGCUAUCUUUUAUCUCUACAAUGAAUAAUUUAGGGAUGCUUCUAAUUAUGUCUGCAGUUAAUUUAUUUUAGUGUUGUUCUUAUCUGAAUAACUUUUUUUUUAGACAGCUUGGAUUAUCGUUAUUAAACAAAUUUUAGGAAUGUCGUAGAUAGUUUUAGUUAUGUUGAUUUAGAAACUGGAAACGGAUUGUUUCUGGAAUAGAAAACCAUCUCGUUGUAAAAUUGGUAUUGCGAUUGUUAUAAUUCUGCUCUUGUCACUGCCAAAACCGCAAGCCGUGUGAAUGGUCGAUUAAAACUCACUGCACCGUUAGAUCGUCAUGCUAGUUAUCAAAUUUCCAUAUUACUCUGAUUAGACCAUUUGAAUUUUAAUCUUUACUCAGAUGUGAACACCAUUAGAUUUACUCUUAGUUGUGCCCUCCCUAAGUGGAACGACUGCAGUGAUAGCUUAGAAAAAGUCCUGUUUCCAUGAUAUUGAACCGUCGAACUUCUUGUAGUCAAAGUAGACUUUAAAUGUUUAGCUUUCCUCGUUCAUAUACACGGUCGCAUUGUUUUUAGCUUUCAUCUUUGUCGACUACCAUUUUUAUUUGUGUGAUGCGUGUCAUCAAUUUGUCUUCUUACUGCUAUUUGGUUUGCCGUCAAUUGCUCGAAAGGACCAAAUUUGUGCCGCGUAUCACUGACUAACAACUGAAUUAAUAAUUGCACUUCUUUCCGUAUGUUAAUUUUUGAAUUUUUGUUUAGUUUUUUCCUUAAAAUAUAGUAACAUAAUAAGUUUUUUCAGUUCACUGCUUUAUGCUCCCUGGUAAGAUUUUAUUGCAUUUGCU